GAGUUAGAGAGAGAAAGGUAGACUUGUUUAUUGAUGUCUAACUCUGCUUUAGGUGCAGUGCUGAUUCGAGAGCAAGCAAAAGCAUAAACACGGUGCGUACAUACAAACACUGAAACCUGUACGCCUGAAUGAUAUAUACUGUCUUAAGAUCUUUGGAGUUGGACUCUCAGAAUCAGGAUUUUAUUACCUUUGUCUGGAAAUUUGGAACUUCCUGGGAAUUCUACAGACCUUUUUGUGAUCCUCAAAGCUUUGUACUCACUUUGAGAUCCAACUUGGUGCCAGAGUGGGAACACGGACACAUUGGAAAUCAUCUUUCUGGAAUACUGGGUUUAUUUUCCAAUCUUUUUUAGGAGGCAUCCCAAGACACACUUCAUUUGGAUCUUACCUGGAAACUGGAACCAUUUUGCCAUUUUAGAACCUCCAAAAUCCAUCUUUGACUUUUUCUGGAAUACUUGCCCCAAGAUAUAAACUUAACUUCUUGUAAAACUGCACACUGUUCCUGGAAACUUGGGCACCAAUCACUCCAAAGUAAGUGUCCCAUAAUUAACCCCAAACUUUCCCAAUGGCUCAGUCAGACUCCAGCCCAAACCUUGACUUGUCAAAUGGCGCCGUUGUCCACAGCCCACUAAGUAUUUGUUCAGACCUGGAUACUGAGAGAGGAAGGCAGGAUGAGGAGGGAGAAGAGGAAGAUGAGGAAGUGGAACUAGCCGAGGAGGUAGGGGAAGACGUUUUGAUGAUGGCUGGAGCAGAAGAGGAUGAAGUAAAAGGGGAAAGAGGAGAGCAGAGUGAAAGGGAGGAAAUGAGGAUUAUCCAAGUGGCUUUGUUGCUGAAUGGAGUGACAGCAGAGGAAGGGGAGGACGAAGGAUGUGAGAGACUGGAGGAAAACGGGGAAGCAGGAGUAGAAGUGGGGGAUGAGGAGCAUGAAAGAACAGAUGAAGAGACAACAGAGAAUGUGGGUGAAAGCAAAGCAGAGGAAGAGUCGAAAGACACAAAUACAGUGACUGAAAAUCCAUGUCACAUUUCAGCAAUGAUAGACGUUGAGAAAGGUCAAGAGCAGAUGACAGACGGCUGCGAAGAAAAUGAAGAAGACAGGGAAGAUGAGGAACAUGAAGAAGAGGCAGUGAUAGCAAGUUCAGAAACAGAAUUCAGGCAGGAUGAUACAAACGAGAGAAACAAUGGGUUAGAAGAAGACCCAGUAGUUUCCAGUCCUGAUGAUCCAGAACAUGUUCAGGACUCGAGUACUCUUACAGAAGUGUCAGAAGAGCGUAAGCAACUGUCAACAGAUGACACAGACAAACAAACAAAAGCUGUCUCUUUACCCUCUGAUGGUGAUGAAACAGAAAGUGUUGAGGAUCCAACAACGGACGCAGACAUUAUUACCAUAGAGGUAAACAAACUUGUAAACAAUCAAGAUCAUGUAUGCCAAACCUCAACUCCUGGCGACACUGACACACACUUUGAAACAAUUGGCACCAUCGAGGUGUUGGCAAAUCAGACCAACCAAACGCCCAGUGAGAAUGAGGAUGAAAAUACAGAUGCGGAUGUAAAGGACAACUCAGAACCCAGCAAACAGGAAAUUGAUUCCAUUAAUAAUAACAGCACAUGGGAACAGGAGGAUUACGUAGAAGCAGAGGCUGAGGAGGAGGGAACCGAAGAGCUGGUAAAAGAUUCAGUGUCUGCUUCUGUUGACGAUCUUGAGACAAAUCAGAAGGUACAGCAACCAGACUUGACCUUUAUACCUUCUGAAGAACAGUCACAGACAGAAGGAGGGAUUGAGGGAGCAAGGGUGUCAGGGAUCAACCAGGAAGUGCUAGAUGAAGAGCAAGUGCGACAGGUUUGGGCUAAUACUCUAACAGAGAUGGAUGGGGGAGGACAGAGCACAGAGGAGGAGGUUAAGACAGCUGGUAAUGUUGUUAGAGAGUCACUGCGUGAGGAAGAGCACAGAGGAGGAGAUGAUCUAGAGAUGCAAGAAGAGAAGACUGUUCAAAUUGAAAACCAGGGUGAGGGUCAGGCAGAUCUUCCAGAACCAGUACCGCAGUGUGUGGAGGAUGCACCUGUAGAGACACAGCAAGAUGUGGAUUUGGACCAGGUGGAGGAGGCCUUUGAACUGGAGGAAGGGGGUGAAAUUCAAUCUGAGAAGCCAGAAGCUGAGGUCAGAGCAGAGAAGGAGAAUGAAUCCAAAACAGAGGAUGGAGGUGAUUUGCAAGAACUUCCUUUGCCGCUCAUCAAAGAAGCAAGAACAGAUUGGGAGGAAAAAAUAAGAGAACAACUAAGACAGCAGGCCCUAGUAGAAGACGAGAAGGGAGGAGGAGCAGAUGAAGAAGCCAUGGAGGGAGAGUUGGAGAUGGCAGAGGAGCCUGUGACUGUUUUAGAUGAUGAGAUUGAAGAGAUAGAGGCGAGUCCAUGUACAGAACUUGAUGAACAAGCACCUGUUGCCAUUAUAACCCCUUCUGAAGACACCAUAGUUGAAGCAAAGGAUGGAGAGGACCAAGAAAUGCAAGAAGAGAAGGUUGAAGUUGGCAAGGAGGAUAAUGAAAAACAGAAAGUUGAAAGAAUAGUGGAGGUAGAAAAGGACGAGAGGCCAAAAGAUGAAAACAGGGAGGUGGAGUUGGACAUAAAUGGAAAAGUUAAAGGACUGAAACAAGCAAUGGAGAAUGGGCUCUUGAGUCUCGAGCCGCAGCCGAUCAAGAAAGAAGAACUGGCAACGGCAAGAGUGUUAUCACCCAGGAGAAGAGAUAAUGACUGGAUUAAAAAAGAUCAACCCGAGGAGGAGACGGAACCAGAACUGAAAGAGUGGAGGAAAGAACUGAGACCCGUGAGAAAAGAAUCUGAGAGGGGACGAAAAGAAUGGGUGAAGAAGGAAACAUCGCCAGAAGAGAAAAGUCUGCCAAGGAAGGAGGACUGGAUAAAGGAGCUGAAGUCAGUGAUCAAAGAUGACUCCCUGCCCAAAAAGAGGGAUGUGCAGGUGAAAAAAAAGCGAGUGGUGCUGCUGGAGGAUGGACGGUCGUAUUUCCCUCAGCGGGAGGAGAUAAACGAAAAAAGAGAGGAGGUGAAACUGAUCUCUCAUAGGAGGGUGGAGAGCCCAUUGCCUCCUAUGAACAGGAACAAUGCAUCACCCCAAGACCAGGACUACAAGAUCUCACUCUAUGUCAAGGCGGGAAGUGACGGGGAGAGCAUCGGCAACUGUCCAUUCUCUCAGAGGCUCUUCAUGAUCCUGUGGCUGAAAGGAGUCAUCUUCAACGUCACCACUGUCGACCUCAAGCGGAAGCCGGCUGACCUGCAGGACCUCGCUCCGGGGACCAACCCUCCCUUUGUGACCUUUAACGGCGAGGUCAAAGUCGAUGUCAACAAGAUAGAAGAGUUCCUGGAGGAGAAACUGACCCCACCACGGUACCCCAGACUGGCUCCCAAACAUGCUGAAGCCAACACGGCGGGCAUCGAUGUGUUCGCCAAGUUCUCAGCUUACAUCAAAAACCCGCGGAAAGACACCAACGACGCCUUAGAGAAAGCCUUGCUGAAGUCUCUCCGGCGUCUUGAUGACUUCCUGAGGACCCCGCUACGUGAUGAGAUAGAUGCUGAUGCCUCAGGAGACCUGCCCGAGUCCUCCCGGAGCUUCCUAGACGGGUCUGAGCUCACCCUGGCCGACUGCAACCUGCUGCCUAAACUACACAUCCUUAAGGUCGUAGCCAAGAAAUACCGCGGCUUUGAGAUCCCAGCGGAGAUGACAGGGUUGUGGAGGUAUUUAAAUUUGGCCUAUCAGCGGGAGGAGUUCACCAACACCUGCCCCGCUGAGAGGGAGAUCCAGUUUGCCUAUCUGGAUGUUGCAAAACGAAUCAAAUAAGAGGAAGAGCGGGAAAUGAAGAAAUGAGAUGAAGCAGGGGAGAUAAAAAAAUUACUCUAGGAAACCAUGGCAGUGUGUGUGUGUGUGUGUGUGUGUGUGUGUGUGUGUGUGUGUGCGUGUGUGUGUGUGCUCUCACAGGUUGGGCUGCACAGUCAUAUCUUUAUGCUAAUCAUUUUACAUAUAAUGCUAACCAGCAAUUAGAGGUCUUGCAGAACUAAUUCCUGAUUUCUUGUUUUUGUUUUCACUUUCCAGACGACGGCAGGGCCAAGUUCACUGCAAAGACUUUAUUAUUACUGUAUUAGAAACCACUGAGUCAUUUGUUUGGUCCAGUUAGCUCAUUAAACUCUUAGCGAUUGGUUAAUGCAUACAUUUUAAUCAGAAGAAAUAUACAUGUACACAGGAAGCUGAUAUUAGAUCUAUGUUUUAACCAUGUGAAAAUUGAAAGAACAUUACACACACUGUAUUAUUGAUCAUGGACAACAUUAAUGUGCACACCAACACUCCCAUAGUUCUCCGAGCUCCGAGUCUGACAGCUAGAUGCAUGACUGAGCUCACACGCUAACUACAGGUAGCAGCAGUUAGCGGUUGUUCUGGUGAUGUGCUGCCCCCGUUUGAGUAUGAAUUCUUAAAUAUGGCACCUUUAAGUGAUUAUAAAUAAGAAUUAUCCAUUCCAUCCCAAAUCCAUUCACAAUUUUGGAGAAACUGAACUGUGAGCUGUGUUCGAUGGACCAGUUCGCCCCUCUCAUGUUAAAUGUAGAACGUCUGAUUCAGUUUUCUUCAUUAAAUGUCUUGAUGUGAAUGAUGAAUCAGUAGUGAAGCUUUUCUAUUUGUACGUUUUAUAAACAGUUAAUUGUACUGUAUGUAUUCUCUACACUGAUGCAAUGACACUAUUUACUCUUGUUGUGAUUUUCUUUGACAUAUUCUUUUGUAUCUAAUACGACUGACUGGCUGAGUGUGGGCAGGUCUUGUAGCUGGUUGGUUAAACUGGUGAUGAUGACUUUAUGAUUGAUACAUUAUGGUGUACAAAACACUCAAAGGGCACUUUUAAUAAUAAUCUAAUACAAUCAUCUAUCUGUUAAAACAGUGCCUCCUGCCCUGGAAAUGUAAUGUUUUUAGAAAGCAAACUCUUUUUUUUAAUUUGAAUUAAUUUGGCAUUUUAUUUUAAGAAAUUAUCUUUUUUUUCCAGCUUUAUUUGAUAAAAACCACUUGUUUGAUUCAAUGAACAUGAAGUGGUCUACCGUGUUUCUGCACCGAACCACCGCUGUGAUAGACGUCUUCCAGCCAUUCAGUGUUUGGCAGAGAUGUGUAUGUGUAUGUGUGUUAGCUGCACCAAACCAACCCUGACACCAGCCUGUUGUAUUCUGGCCUUAUAUCCUCACUGGGGAGAAUCUUUAUUAAACUGAUUUUAUCACUA